UACAGAAGUACAAUUAUCAACUUCAAGGCUGCAACUCAAAUCUCAGAAGCUCCAAUUAUCUGCAUACUAUAAUAUUUCAGAAUUGUUUGCUGAUGAGGAGAACUUUAACAUCAGUGACAUCAGUGCCUGUGUAAUGAAGAAGUUGAAUGUCGAUGAAAAAAAGAUCCAUUUUAGUUUUAAGCCUCAGAAUUGCACAAUCUGUGCUUGAGCUGCUGAAAAUUUAUAUAUUCUAAGAAAUUUGAAAGAAAAAAGAAAAAAAAAAAAGAAGAAUUACAGAUGGCUGAUCCUCCUCCAGAAAAGAAGGUUCGUGGAGAGAGGUCUGAUGAGGAUAAUAUUGAUAGGUUGAGUGCACUUCCGGACUGUGUUCUGCUCCACAUCCUUUCAAGUUUUAAGACAAAAGAUGCUGCGGCCACCUCAAUUCUGUCUAGGAGAUGGAGAAAUCUUUUCAUUUCACUUCCUGAUAUUCAUCUCAGUAUUUGUAUGGAUAAUGAUGCUUCUGACCGUGAUAGACUGUUCUCUGAUUUUAUAGAUUUCUCCAAUAGAGUGUUUCGACAGCGAAAUAAUGCUCCCAUUAGAAAAAUCCGACUCUUUGUGAAGCAUUUUGUUGAAAGGUACUGUUUGGCCUUUGAGUCAUGGUUGCUAUCUGCUGCAGCUGCAAUUUCUUUGUCUAGCAUCCAAGAACUUGAGAUUUCGGUGCUAAUUAAUGAAACAACCAUGCCAUUUCUAAUAUCUAUUCCACCUGAAUUUCUCUCAUGUAAAACACUAGUUUCUCUAUCACUAAACCUUGGGGCGGAUUGGAUUGUUCCUGAUUCAGUGUCGCUGCCAACUCUCAAGUUCCUUAACUUGUCGGAAUUCAAACUGGUAGAUGAAGAUUGCUUUGUGAGGUUUCUUCGGGGUUGUCCUUUGCUUGAAGAAUUGAUGUUGCAUUUGCGGCCUUUCUAUGAUGAGAGGGAGAGUGGAGAAGGUAUUGAGGUUGAAGUUCUUGAUAUUUCAAAUCCUUCGUUGAAAAAACUGAUACUCUGCUGGCAUGAGAAAGUUGAACUCGAGUUCACAAUCAUCGUAAAGUCAAACAAUCUUGAAUAUUUGCUCUGCUUCCUUGAGGGACAGCAUAAAGUUACUAUAGAUGCUCCAAAAAUUACAUCUUUGGACAUUGUCGGUCGGGUACUUGAAGUAAACAUCAUUCAAGACCUGAUGUCUCUAGAUACUGCAGGAGUGCAAUCUGAUUUUCUUUAUUAUAUAACAACUGAAAGCGACUUAUUUUUACGUGGUUGGCAUGCUUUUAAGUUUAUGAGUGGGUUGCAAAAUUUGAAAUCACUUAGUUUGUCAGAGAAGAUUCUCAAGGCUCUCUAUUUUUCUCAACGGGGAUUGCCAACUUUCAAAAACUUGAUUAAGUUGGAGCUUAUACCUUUUUAUUGCCAUGACUUUCCUCGCAUGUGUAUCUGGAAAGUGUUAUCAAGCUUAUUUGAAAGUUCCCCUAAUCUUGAAGUGCUUAUCUUCCAGGAAGUCUUUAAGAACUACUUUGGUGAAGACGAGGAACUUGAUUCUGUUUUCCCAGAGGCUCUUCCACUGACUUUCAUUGAACAUCUUAAGGAAAUAGAAUUCAAAAAUUUUGAUGGGGAGGAACAUGAAUUCAAGCUGGUAGAGUAUUUUUUGAAGAACGCAAAAACUUUAAAGAGGAUGACUAUAGCUAAAGAGCCUUGGAACUCUGUACCGGAAUGUCGUGAUAGGAUAUUGUCAUUCAAGAAGUGCUCAGAGGAUUGCCAGGUUGUGUUCAAAAAGAAAAUGGAUUGGAUAAAGUGCCCACAAUUACGAAAGGCGCUGAAUCUCUCUGUGUAGCCGUAUUUUCUUGGAUAUAAUCUUCUUCUUUCCUCACUAUUUGACUACCUAUCUCUUGUGCUUGAACUUGUUUAUUAUGAUAUUAAAUCUGAUGCUGUUAUGAUGCACUGAUAAGCACAUCAUUUAGUUGCAGGGAAGUUCUGGCUUAAUGUAUAUAAAAUCUUGCAGCAAUAUGUAGUGUAACUGGAUUGUGAUUUCAAGGUAGUAUUAAUGCACCGGGGAAAAGAAUAACAGCUGGGGAGAUUUAUGGUCUCAA